AUGCGCUGGCCAAUCCAGAUUGCUCUCUGUCUUCUUGCUCUCUUGGGGCUUUCUGCGGCCAACGAACCGAUGCGCCUGUGCCCGUGCUUUAAAAUCUAUAGCCCGGUCUGCGGAUCGGAUAACGUUACCUACGCCAACGAUUGCGAACUCGAAUGUCAAGCAAAGGACAAACCAAUUACAAAGGUCAAGGAAGGAAAGUGCUAG